AUGACUGUAUGUGCAGCUUGUUAUGUGGCUGAACCAGAUCAGUCAUCACCACCUCAUGUUGUUCAAGAACCUCCCACUAACAAAACAGCUGAACUAGACUAUGACUUUGUCGAGCAGCCUGACCAAGACUACUUCUGUCCUGUGAGUUUUGAGCUACUUGUUGAGGCACACCAAACGUCAUGCUGUGGCCAUCACAUCUCCCAGCAAGCUGCCAACAGACUCAUAAGAGAACGAAAGCCUUGUCCAAUGUGCAAAGAAGACAAUUUUGCUACUCACAAGGACAAGUUUUUUAAACGCAAUUGUAUCAACAAGCUUAAGGUUUACUGUCUCCACAAAAAGAGUGGGUGUGAGUGGACGGGGGAACUGGGAGACCUGAACCACCACACUACCUCCUGUCUAAAACGUCCCUGGAAGUGCCAAUAUUGUGAUCAUGAAUCGAUCUACGAGACCGGAUCAACUGACCACACCCCCAACUGUGCCAACUACCCCCUGCCUUGUCCCAACCAAUGUGAGAUCUGCACUGUCCCUCGCUGCCAAGCUGAUAGCCACCUGCUGGAGUGCUCCCUACAACUAGUGGAGUGUGAGUUUGCUGGUACUGGAUGUGACGUGAAGGUCCCUCGAAGAGAUCUGGCAGGUCACAUGACAGAGAAUGCCCAACAUCACCUCAUGACAGCCACCCUCCUCAACCUGAGACUCACGAGAGAGCUACACCAAAAAAUAGAGGAGAAAGAUAAACAGAUUGUCGAGCUGAAACAGCAGAUGACUGACAAAAUCGCAGCUCAGCUUGAUCAGCAAAAAGAAUAUUUUGAUACCAAACUACAAAACCAAACCGAAACUUUCGAUGCAAAGUUUCAGCAACAAGCAAUGAAGCUAAACAUCAUAGAGGCUAAUCGUUCGUUUCUUAGAUACUCUAUCGGCUUAUUCACUUGUCACAAGCUUACUCUUUCCGAAUUCAAGACAUUUCAGCCAGAGGAAGAUGAUACAUAUUCAAACUAA